AUGGUUGUCCUCAAACUUGCACUUGCUAGCUGGCUGGCAGCUCAAGUCACCUGGGCACAGGUUGGAGAGACUGGGCCGAAUAACGACACUGAGUCUACUCAAACUCUGAUCGAAGACGAAAUCACGAUCCAUAGAGUCACUGUCGGCUUGUUGGAACAUGAGUUUCACCCGAACUCGAUUAUCGCAAACCCAGGCGACAAGGUCGUGUUCGAAUUCUACCCUGGCAAUCAUUCAGUGAUCGAGUCGCUUUACAAGUGGCCAUGCAUACCCAAAGAAGCGGUCAUCGGUGGAUCAGGUUUCAACUCGAAACCCCGGCCUGUGGUAGACAAGGAACACCCGACAACAUGGAACUUGACGGUAAACAAUACUGACACGACAUACUACUACUGCGGCGCACCUGGAUCGUGCGUGAACUAUGGUAUGCUGGGCGUCAUCAACCCAACCAGCGAGGACAACCUGACUGCCCAGAUUGAGAUGGCAAAGAGAGGUCGCUACGUGUUAUAUCCCGGUCAGACACUGCCAAACGACGCAAAGACAUCCGUGUCCGCUCUCGCCGCGUCCGUCCUCGCCGAAUCGGACGACGCCAACCCAAAAGACGACAAGUCCAGUGGCCUCUCGACAGGCGCUAUCGUUGGCAUAGCAAUAGGUGGAGUGGCUGCGUUGCUCAUCGUCGGCGCGCUAGUCUUCUACUUCGGGCGCAAUCGAGGCCAGCUCAAGGCACUGCAGGAGACAGUAAACCGUGCACAAGCUCCUCCCGCGACCCACGCGGCUCCUGAAAUGACAGUCGAUGGGGUCACAUACGUGCCAGCAACGGACCCCAGGGCUUCGGCAGCUAAGCAAAGCUUUUUGCCGCCGUAUCAGCACUAUGGACCGGACUAUAGGUCGAAAUCACCGGAGACGAUCUCGUCGCAUGCGCAUAGUACUCUUGUGCCAUCGACGUAUGCGCCUUGUAGCCCGCAGAUGAAUGUGAAUAACAGGUAUUCGGACCAGUCUGAGCAAGGCUUUUAUGCACCAACUCCACGUCAUGAGCUGCAUGCUCAGCCUACGAUACCCGAACAUGAUUCCAACGAUGCGGAAGGGCGGCCUACCUAUCUGUGA